AUGACGAUGCGAGAUUAUCCUAGUGGGGACCAGCAACCCCCCACCGGCUAUGGCUAUGGGGCGAACAACUAUCCUCCAAACAGACAAGGCAACCCAUCUCCUCAGUCCUUUAACCAGCAGAACAACAGUGGCUACCCUCCGUAUCCUCCGUCGGGCGCAAACCCAUCGGAGACCAACUAUAACUACAACUCGGGCAAUCAGUCCUACCCCGCGCAGUCCGGAUAUCCUCAGUCGCAGCCAUGGGCGGGGCCCUCCCCGUCACCCGGGAACUACUACCAGCAGCCGGACAACCGAUCAUAUCAGAACCCUCCAUAUGGGGGACAGCCACCAUAUUCUCCUUCCUCCCCACAACAGGCGGGCUACGGGCAACACCCGCCACCUUAUUCCCCCCAGCCUACGGGGAGCACAGAUACCCCAAAUGCUGAACCAGAGGAGAAGGACAGAGGAUUUCUCGGUGCGGUCGCGGGCGGGGCGGCCGGUGCCUACGGUGGUCAUAAGGUCAACCACGGCUUCCUGGGCGCCAUCGGUGGGGCGAUCAGCGGCUCGGUCGCGCAGGACGCGAUGAAGAAACAUAAAGAAAAGAAGGAAGAGGAGGAAAAGAAAAAGCAAUGGGCCGCUCAGCAAGCAGCAGCCCAGCAGCACGCUCAGCAGCAAGCUCAACUGCAAGCCCAGCAACAAGCUCAGCAGCACGCUAUGCUCUCCCAACCCCCACACCAUGGACCUCCCAGGCACGAUUCCACCCCACUGCGUGGGAACUUCUCUGCCUCAUCUCGCGACAUCCGUUUGGAGGGGGGCCAUGAGCUCGUCGCCCACUGUGGCGCAAUCUCGGGUCAAAUGCGUCCAUCUUCCAUUCCACUCAAUAGCGUGCUAUCGAAUCAGUUUGGUAAGUUGGUGUGGGCACGGAAUGGAAACUUUGCAGCGUCGGCGCGGAAUAUUCGUCUGGUUGAAGGGGGUAAAGUGCUGGAGGCCGAACUGGCGAACGGUCGGGGAGGAUGGGAUCGAUCAUGGGUGCGGUUGGAUGAGCGCAUCUCCAAUCAAAAUGGCAAUCUUGUCUUUCUAGACUAG